AUGGCAACCUUCUCAGGCAAAAAGUACUUUGACCGAACUGAUCCUGCGGCACGAACAUCUCAGCAAUCACCAUCUUGGACCGGAAGCACUGUUAGCAAGCAUUCGAAGGUGCUUUUGGAUUCCACAAGGACGAAGAGCAGCACGGAACCCAUCACCCUGAUUCAGAGACGUGGACCUGGCUCACCAACAACCAAAGGCUACAUCUGCGUUUUUGUAUGCUUUACGACGCGAGCAGUCCACUUAGAAGCUGUAAGCAGCUUAUCUACAAGAGCUUUCUUGGCUGCGCUUCGGCGAUUCAUCGCUCGCAGAGGUCACUGUGGACACAUCCACAGUGACAACGGAACAAACUUUGUGGGUGCUGCGAGAGAAAUUCGAGAAUGGUACAAAAGGAGAGCUUCGGACGAACACAACACUCAGGUCGCCAACUAUCUAUCGAUGGGUGGUACGCAAUGGCAUUUCAACGCGCCAGCAUCGCCACACAUGGGUGGUCUUUGGGAGGCAGCGAUAAAAUCAGCGAAACGACACCUAAAAAUCAUUACCGGUAACGCAAAACUAACGUUCGAAGAAUUCAGCACAUUGUUAGCGGACAUCGAAACCAUUUUAAACUCACGUCCCAUAUCACCAGCAUCGAGCGAUCCAAAUGACCUGCAACCAUUGACGCCCACACACUUCAUCAUUGGACGACCACUCACAGCACCCAAUCAUAGCGAGUACAUCCCAACAGCCGAUAAAAGCUACGAAGUACGCUACAAAUAUUUGCAUGAGCUACGGAAACACUUUUGGGAUCGCUGGAGUCGCGAAUACCUUCCCGAAUUGCAACGCAAAAAUAAGUGGCAUCAACCAAGUAACAAUCUGCAAAUAGGUGAUUUGGUUCUCGUUCGACGGCAGAAACUACCCACACAGCAGUGGGCACUCGGAAGAGUUCUGCAGCUGAAACCCGCACCAGAUGGAAAGCCGCGACUGGUUACGCUAAAGAUGAGAGACAGCGAAAUCGUUCAAUCAGUCCACAAUCUCAGUAAGCUACCACUUCAACAGGAAAAUUGA